UAGGGAACAGCUUGUAUGUAUUUCAAACGCUUUUACCUCAAUAACUCAGUGAUGGAGUAUCAUCCUCGGAUAAUAAUGCUGACUUGUGCAUUUUUAGCCUGUAAAGUAGAUGAAUUUAAUGUGUCCAGCACACAGUUUGUUGGUAACCUUCGAGAAAGCCCUUUUGGACAGGAAAAAACUCUUGAGCAGAUACUGGAAUAUGAACUGCUGCUUAUUCAGCAACUGAACUUCCAUCUCAUUGUCCACAAUCCAUACAGGCCAUUUGAGGGAUUUCUGAUUGAUUUGAAGACUCGCUAUCCAGUGCUGGAAAAUCCUGAAGUUCUGAGGAAAACAGCUGAUGACUUCCUUAAUCGAGUGGGUCUGACAGAUGCAUACCUGCUCUUUUCUCCUUCACAGAUCGCUCUCACUGCCAUAUUAUCUAGUGGUUCAAGAGCAGGAGUUAAUAUGGAAAGCUAUUUAUCAGAAAGUCUUAUGCUGAAAGAAAAGGCAUCAACCUUAUCCAAGCUAUUGGAUGACAUGAAAUGCAUGAAAAAUCUCAUAAAGAAAUAUGAACUGCCAAGGCCUGAAGAAGCUGCUGCUCUGAAACAGAAAUUAGAGAAGUGCCACAGCUUGGAGCUUUCACUUAAUACAAACCUGAAGAAGAGGAAAGGUUAUGAAGAUGAUGAAUACAUUGCAAAGAAGACUAAAAUGGAUGAGGAAGAGUGGACUGAUGAUGAUCUUGUGGACUGA